AUGCGAGCUGUCCUUCUGACGAGAGGGGUGGAUCUUCCACGGAGACUCAUUUAUGUAUCUCCGCUGGGCGAGUCCAGAGUAUUUGCUCGAAUCUGCGAAACGGGCGGACAGCAGGGACAGUACUGCGCGCUGAGUUACUGCUGGGGUGGCGACCAGAUAUAUAAAACCGUCCGUGAUUGCUACGAGCAAUACAAGAAGGAAUUGCCCUAUCACAGUCUCCCCCAAACCAUUCAGGAUGCGCUUCACGUCACCCGCAGCAUGGGUCUGCAGUAUAUCUGGAUCGAUUCAAUGUGCAUCAUCCAGGACGAUGAAGAGGACAAGCAGAGGGAAAUGGGAAAGAUGAUGGACAUCUACCAGAACACACUGUUCACUAUAUCCGCCGCAAGUGCAGCGGCAGCCAGUGAAGGAUUUCUGAGACCGGACCUCCAUGACUCUCGUAACGAGGUAUGGUACCACCCCCUGCGCGUGGAUGAGCAUACUAUGGGAGCCGUACUCGUCAGCGACAGUUCGACAUCCUUCGAAAGCCUCGGAGCCCGUCCGCAACCCAUCAACACGCGGGGCUGGACCCUCCAGGAGACCAUCCUGACAUCCCGACUUCUGAUUUUCGCUGGCAUCCACAUGGUCUGGAAGUGCCAGAGUGGGUUCCUCCCGGACGUCCCCGCGAGCGCACGGGAUAGGUAUGGGAAGUGUCCCUGGGACUUCUGGUUCCCGCAGUGCGACUAUACCGUGCUAUCGCUGCGGGAGCUGGACGGAGCGUCAACGCCGGAGGGUCCCCAAAGAGGAAGGCCUUUCGACUCCCCUGCCAUAUAUCGAGAAUGGAAGAAAAUUGCGCAAAAGUACGCGAGUAAGGGGCUCACGGAAGAGCGGGACCGCCUCCCUGCUAUUUCAGCAGUCGCGCAAAAGUUUGCCGCGCGUUUCAAGACCGAGUACUAUGCGGGACUGUGGGGGAAAUUCCUCGUCUACGAUCUCAUGUGGACGAAUUGGCUAGGACGAUCUGAGUCUAGCACACGGAGACCAGGACCGCCCUCUUGGUCGUGGGCCAAGCUGAAGGGCGAGCAUUCUUAUGAGUACGGGAUUGUGCAAGCAGAAGUUAUUUCGUGCAUGACUACUCCUGUGUCCGAGAAUAAUCCAUUCGGUGAGGUUACCGGCGGCGAGCUCGUAAUCCGCGGGCCCCUGGGACCUACGUGGCUUCACACAGACAGCGGGACGCUCACCAAUGAUGACGGGAUUGUAAUGCCACGUACACGCUACACUAGCGACCGGGGGCACAGAGACCGAAUCCGGGAUUAUUUAAUGGUAUGGUGCCUUGUACUUGCGUAUGGCUCUGGCCCCACCUUGCAUCAAGAUUAUCCAGUAUGUGCACGGAUGGAUUUUUGUGCAGAGUGCAAAAGGGGGAAAGAGUGGCAGAUGAUGGUGCUGAUUGAGAGCCCCGAUAAGGAUGGCUGUUACGAGCGCAUCGGGAUCGCCCAGGCAGAGACCUAUCGCAGGCCCUACUGGUAUGACUGGGAGUGGGAAACCGUGACAGUAAUCUGA